UUUGAAUUGUUCGGUCUAUCUUUACUAGCUUAAAAAAAAACGCAUUGAAUAUUCAGACAGAAAAAUAGCAGUAAUUUUUAAUCAGAGUACAGUGCUACUAAAUUUUAAUAAUGCUGAAAACUAUUACGUUGGAAGAGGAAAUGAAGAAGAAUUCGCAGCUGAAGCUAUCAGAUAUACAAUCGUUGAGAGAAUGGUGUGAAAAACAACCGCACCUACCAAUAAUUGAGGACGUUUUUCUCGCAAUGUGUCUUCAUAGCAACUACUAUCGACUGGAACCAACAAAAAGCACAAUCGAGAAUUAUUACACAACUAGAACGCAUGUGCCGGAAUUUUUCUCUCAUCGGGAUCCUCUCGGAGGAAAGAAUCUGCGACAAGCUUUCAAAGUGGCGGCUAACCUUCCUCUGAAAGGGAUAACGAAGGAUGGGUACAGGAUCAUGUACGGUGCAUUUCUCGACACUGAUGCUUCUCACUUUGUCUACAACGACAAUGUCAAGUAUUUUUUGAUGGUAUGCGACGUGUGGCUUCUGACGGAGGGCACGAAUAACGGUUACAUUUAUUUCGCCGACGCUAGCGCACUAUCUUUCGGUCAUGUCGCACGAAUGAGUCCGUUGGGACUUAAAAAAUAUUUAUAUUACAUUCAAGAAGCGGCCCCGAUACGUCUGAUGGGAAUUCAUUUUAUUAACGCACCACCUGCCAUGGAAUUGUUAAUGAAUAUGAUGAAACCUUUUAUGAAAAAAGAAAUGAUAGAUAUGAUCCAUUUUCACUCAUCGUUGAAAAGUGCUUCAGAGUACGUUCCGGUUGACAUACUACCGAACGAAGUGGGUGGAAAAGCAGGUUCCAUGCAUAACUUAGCUGAAGUACAAGUGAGAAAGCUCGAAGACUAUCGCGAAUGGUUCUUGAUGGAUGAAGCAACCAGACGCGUUAACGAGGCGUUGCGAAUCGGCAAGAGAAAAUCGGCGAGCGAUUUGUUCGGUGUGGAAGGUAGCUUUAAGAAGCUCGAAAAAACGAUGGCUUCGAUAAAACUUGUGACAUUUGAAGAGGAAUUGAAGAAAAAUCCAAAAGAGUUGAAAGAAGAUGAUGUACAGAUGCUGAGAGAGUGGUGUAAGAAGCAACCGCAUCUGCCAGAGAUAUCGGACAGCGAGUUGGCCUUAUUCUUGCAUAGCAAUUAUUACCGACUCGAACCGACAAAAACUACUAUCGACACUUUCUUCACGGUGAGAACCCACGUGCCCGAAUUCUUCAGCAAUCGAGACCUUAUUAACAACAAGGAGCUCAAAAAGGCCUCGCUAACAGUGACACAGCAUAUUUUGGAAGGAACUACUAAAGAGGGCUACAAAAUCAUCUUUGGACGAUUGAUUGACAACGAUCCAUCGCAUUUUAUUUACAAUGACGUCAUGAAGCUGCUAAAUAUGGUGAUUGAUUUGUGGCUCUACACCGAGGGCACGUGCGACGGUCAUGUGAUAUUAUUCGACAUGAAUAAUGUGUCUUUUGGUCACGUCGGCCGUUUGAGCCCGAUGGGUCUAAAGAAGUUCCUCUACUAUCUGCAGGAAGGAUUGCCAGUCAGACUGAGAAGCUUCCACUUUAUGAAUGCUUCUCCGGUAAUAGAUAUCAUCCUAAAUAUGAUGAAACCUUUUAUGAAGAAGCAACUAAUGGAUAUGUUCCAUAUGCAUACUUUAACUGACACCUUGGAAAAAUUCAUACCGCUCGAAAUUCUUCCGAAUGAAGCAGGUGGUAAAGCAGGUCCAAUCAUGGAAUUACACGCCAAGCAGAUGAAGCGGUUGGAGGAACACAUUCCUUGGUUCAAAGAGGAAGAAGCCAAUCAUCGCGUCGACGAAUUGCUGCGACCUGUCACAUCUCAACAAAAUCCUGCAGACACUUAUCCUAGAGAACUCAUACUUUAUCCGUUUGAAAACCGUAAUCGGACAAUAAUAUAAAAAUGAGUUAAAUUGACGAAGUAAUGAAAAUGAAGUAAUAAAAGUGAAAAAUAAAAAUUAAUGAAAUGAGAAAUGAAGUAAAUUGUGAAAAUGAAAUUUUAGCGUUUUUUAUUAACUGCAGGCUUAAGGAGAGGUUGUUUUUGUUUGAAAUAAUAAUAAAAAAAUAAUAUACAUGUGAUGUGACAUUUUAACACAACGCGAAGAAAAUGUCGCGAUUCUGAUGAAUGAAUGGUUAAUAGGAAAUGUAUUGUUAUAUUGUAAACCAAACUUACUGCACUAGCGCAUGAGACGUUAACAUUUGUGAUUAAUGUAAUCAAUUACUUUUGUCAAAUAUAAGCAAUGUAAUUAAUAAUAAUGUAACUAAUAAACGUCCAUUUGAUUUCAAUAAACAAAUGCAAAAAUUA